AUGUCACCAGAUGCUAACCUGUUCCAAGAUGAAAGCAAGUUGAAUCCGAACCAGAGUCCAUUCUCCACCAGUAAGGACCCCAGAUCGCUAUGGGAUGCUCCACUUGAAUUGUCAAAGAAUUGGAAUCCCAUGUGGCCAAGCUUGAAGUUGAGAUUGGUGACUUCAAAAAGCUGCUGGAGAAGAACGUUGUCUAAUGGGAUUUCGUCCAAAAAGAACAUUGAGUCACCCAAGAACCACUUGACCACUAAUCUUGCAAGGAUGAUUUCAAGAUCCAAUAUCCAUUCGAAGUGUAGGAAAGUUGCAGAUCCAAGAGACGGCAGUCAGCACACAAGCUCAAAGGACAAAACAGCACAAAGCCCUGAGGACCCCCAAUCCGUGCAUCUCAUAGGAUUCCAGCUAGGAUUUUUUGCUUUUGAUGUUGGCUGCUGA